UUAACAUGCUUGUUUGAACUUAAGUGUUAUAAACAGUAAUGGUAUAUGAAGGGAGUUAUAUGUGCGUUGUUUUCUGAUUUGUAACUGUUUUUUUUUUUUUUUUUGCAAAAUAAUAGCAGAAGAACCAUUAAUGUUAAUAAAAAAAAAGCUUUUAAUGACUAAAGAGCUGUUAAGAGUAGUGCUGUUUAUUCAUCAGUAAUACUGGGUGCUAAAUAUAUUUAAUGAAAAAAUGGGGACAAUUCAGAGGAUGAUCAAGAUUAGCAGGACGUCAGUACGCUUUCUUGCUCCAUCAGUAAAUGCACAACAGACCUGGCCGCUGAGUCGAAGGUGUUCCAGCAACUCGUCAGACCAACAUUGUCCUAAGCCCUCCAUGUUGAGGCAUCUGGCAUCUAAAAUAACAGCCACAGGUCCCAUCACGGUGGCUGAGUACAUGCGUGAAGUCCUCACUAACCCAGUCUCGGGAUAUUAUGUGAAGAAUGACAUGCUGGGAGCUGAAGGAGAUUUUAUCACGUCGCCAGAAAUAAGCCAGAUUUUUGGAGAGUUGCUCGGUAUCUGGUGUGUGAGUGAGUGGAUGGCUGCAGGGAAACCCAAAGCCUUUCAGCUUGUAGAACUCGGACCAGGCCGAGGCUCCCUGACCAGUGACAUCCUGAGGGUCUUCAAUCAGUUGCAGUCAGUUCUGUGUGGAGCAUCAGUGUCCGUCCAUCUGGUAGAAGUAAGCCCAAAGCUAAGCGAGGUCCAGGCUCACUGUCUGGUUGGAGACAACACUCAGGUGUGUGUGAGUGAUGAAGAGUGUGUGUACCGCGCUGGGACCACACACACUGGAAUUCCUGUCUCGUGGUACCGCAGGAUAGAGGACAUUCCCAGGGGCUUCAGUAUAUUCUUGGCUCAUGAGUUUUUCGAUGCUCUGCCCAUUCACAAGUUUCAGAGAACAGAGAAGGGUUGGAGAGAGGUGAUGGUUGAUAUCGACCCUGAGAAACCCGAUAAGCUCAGAUUUGUGGUGUUUCCUGCUCCUACUCUCGCAUCUGCAACACUCAUACAAGCGGACGAGCAGCGGGAGCACGUGGAGGUUUGUGCAGAAGGCGGAGUCAUCGUCCAGAAGAUGGCCAGUCGGGUCUCUGAGGACGGGGGUGCAGCACUGAUCGCAGACUACGGGCACGACGGAACGAAGACAGACACGUUUAGAGGUUUCAAGGGACACAAACUCCAUAAUGUACUCGAGGCCCCGGGCAGCGCUGACCUGACUGCAGACGUUGACUUUAAUUAUCUGAGGAAGAUGGCUGGAGACGCAGUGGUCUGCCUGGGACCCGUCACACAAAGAGCCUUUCUCAAGAACAUGGGCAUCGACACACGCCUUCAGAUCCUGCUGAGAAGCUGCAAUGACUCUCCCACCCGAGCUCAGCUCGUCCACAGCUACAGCCUGCUGACUGAUCCGGAUAAGAUGGGAACCAGGUUCCAGUUCUUCUCGAUGCUGCAUCCCAGUCGGCUCGCUCAGCCGGAGGAAGAGAAAGGAGUCAUGAUGGAAAGAAGAAGGAAGGGCACGGCACCGCUCCCUGUUGCUGGAUUCAGUGAGCUCGGACUGAACUGAGAGCCAACUCAAAGCCUUAAGUAUUUUGCUAAGUAAAAGCAAAAGACAAAAGGUGAACUAUCUGAUCAUCCACUGUGGGUGAGAAGCUUGGAUAAGAUAACUGAGCACCUGACAUACUGGCGAUAAAGGCGGUAGCUUUGUAUAAUGCCAUUUUUUUCUCUUUUAAAAGUUUAGAUGUUAACCCUGUAUAGUACAUAGCCUGGUCAGAGCUCAUGGUUAAUGUUAUAUGCUUGUUUUUUUCUUAAAAUGUAGUUUGUUGUAUAAAAUCCUGACUUGUUUCAUGCAUUGUGUCCAUGUUGAGCAGAGUCCUGUGUCUAGACUGUCUCAUCAGAAUAUGCCUUCAUGGUGCAAUCUAAUUUAGCUGCCGACCAGUUUUUCUAAAUUAAAUCAUGUUUUAUGGAGGCCUUUAAGCACUUUCUGCAUCACUAAACACUGAAUCACUAAAAGCUUAUGGCAAAGCAUUGAGAUUGAGAGCACUGCACUAAUGUGGCGGGGAUAGAGUGAAUCAAAAGCAAGGCUGUGGCUGUCAUCAAAUACUGUAGCCACGAAUACCGGAGUGAACUCUUCUGCUCUUCUGUUUCGUCCAUCAGCGUGAUGAAAAAGUGGAAUCAGAAAGUCAUCCAAUCCAGGCAACUCCCCCCCCCCC